ACAAAAUUGUUAGGACAUCAGGAGCUGGGAGUGUUUUGAGCCUGUUCGAACAUGGAGCGCUGGGACUCGCUGGGAUUUUUGAUUGUCACAUUUAACUAUAAUGUGACUGUUGUAGGAAAGAUCUGGCUAAUGUUAAUAAUUCUGCUGCGAAUGGCAGUGGUAGUGUUGGCAGGCUAUCCCCUCUACCAAGAUGAGCAGGAGCGCUUUGUCUGCAACACCUUGCAACCAGGAUGCUCCAACGUUUGCUAUGACUUGUUCUCUCCCGUAUCUCACUUCAGAUUCUGGCUCAUUCAGACUGUGUCCAUCCUGCUACCUUAUGCUGCAUUCAGCAUUUAUGUUUUGCACAAGGUAGCUAUGUACCUUGUAAGAAUGCACUGUCUGGUGCAUGGAUGCAAAGGAAAUAAGAGUUUAUCAAGCCCCAAAGACAUGAAGGAGCUCUGUAGAAAUGCUGUUGUCAAUAGAGUAGAGUGUGAUGAAGAGAACCUAAGUGUCCUUAAUUUUUCUGGGGCAUAUACUGUUCAUCUCUGUUUUAGGACCCUACUUGAGGCUGCCUUUGCAGCUGCGCAGUAUUUUCUUUUUGGAUUCUUUGUUCCCGAGCGCUUUUCCUGCUACCAUUCACCUUGCACAAGCACAGUUGACUGUUAUAUCUCCCGGCCCACUGAGAAAUCCAUCAUGAUGAUUUUCAUCUGGGGAGUCAGCAGCCUGUCCUUUGUGCUCAGCCUUGCAGAUCUUGUCUGUGCUCUCCGGAGAAUGACAGCAAGAAGGCAAAAGAACAAGCUGCUGGCAAACCUCUGCAUAGAGAAGGAAUGCAUUUUAAAUCUUCCCCCACUACAGCACAGAAGCUCUCCUCCACCUCAAAAUGAAGACUGCCCAGUAUCAAAUAGCUGCCAGACCAGUGAUGGCUGCUGCUCACUUCUCUCUGAUGAGGAAGAAGAGCCUGUUCUUCAUUCUGAAGCUGUCCCUCAGCAAACUGCCAGCCCUAACCUUAACAGCACCAGCAACAAGUGCUGUGUAUCAGAUGAUCUUGCUGUUAAGCAAGAUAGCACUGAAGAACCGUUGUGUGCUAGUGACCAGCAAGGAACUACAUGCAGGCAAGUGAGACCGAGAUUUCAGCAAGACUUCGUUGAAGAGACUGCCCUGGUUUUGAGACCUCAGAUCAACUGUCACCUUGGAGUUUCUUCCUCUGCAGUUCAGAGCAACAUUUUAGAAUUCUACCCUUCAGCUGAGCUAAAAAACCUUGAUGCACAAUCAAAUUAUAGCAAUACUAGUUGCUUGAGGUCAAAGAAGUCAGAAUGGGUAUAGAGCCCAGAGUGAA